GUCGUUUCUCUGGGCGCCGUGUCCAAGACCGAACGUCCAGGCGAGGAGUCAAAGCUCGACAAGAAGAGCCCCAUGCACCCCGAGAACGCCACUAGAGGUCACAAGCGCCUGCGCCGAUCUUCGUUCUGCGACGCGGCUCCGUCGGCGGCCAAGUGGUGGCUGCCUAUUGCGGGGAGAACCUCUGCAACGCAGGCCGACCGCGACAGCGUGCCCGAGCUGCGACAGAGUGCUCGCGCUGCCGCCGCCCCCAGCUCGCAGAGGCAGAUGCGCAAUGCCUUCCAGAUGCUGGCGUCUGACUACGGUGCCGAAACGCAAGCUGACACUGCAAUAUCGGACUUCGAUGUCUCUGACACGCAGCCUGCCACGCAGAG